CUGAGUAACAUUUUAAUCCAAUGCAUUUUGUUCCUAACGUCGUCGUUUAAUCACCACGGAAGAAGAGUUGACCUGGCACAAUUUCACAGCCAUCUUCUUUCCACUUUCCAGUGCCUGCAAUUCGCUUUUGGCCCUAUAAAAUUUCAAAUCUCUACGUGCUACAUAUGCAUACACGUUUAUAUAUAUAAAGAGAGUGAUUGGCGAAAAGGGGGAUGGUGUCGUACAUGAGCGUAUUGCUGUUUGGGUUGGGUGGAAUAGUAGUGGCGGGUGUGGCUUUGCUGGUGGCAUUCCAGGAGAAGCUGGUGUACGUGCCGGUGUUGCCCGGUUUAACCAAGUCCUAUCCCAUCACCCCUGCUCGCCUCCGCCUCCUCUACGAGGAUGUGUGGCUCAGAUCCUCCGACGGCGUCCGCCUCCAUGGCUGGUUCAUCCAGCUAUUCCCCGAUGGUCGAGGUCCUACCAUUCUCUUUUUCCAGGAAAAUGCAGGAAACAUCGCCCAUCGUCUUGAAAUGAUUCAUGUAAUGCUGCAGAGACUACAAUGCAACGUUUUCAUGCUUUCAUACAGAGGUUAUGGAGAAAGUGAAGGAUUCCCUUCACAAGAUGGUAUUACAAAGGAUGCUCAGGCUGCUCUGGAUCAUUUGGUUCAGAGAACAGAUAUUGACACAUCAAGAAUAGUUGUCUUUGGAAGGUCACUUGGGGGAGCUGUUGGAGCUGUGCUUACAAAAAACAAUCCUGACAAGGUGGCUGCAAUAAUACUGGAGAACACUUUUACUUCUAUUCUUGAUAUGGCUGGCGUUCUAUUACCUUUCCUUAAGUUGUUUAUUAGGAAAAGUGGCACAAAGGGUCCCGGAGCUCUAAAUUUUCUGGUUCGUUCUCCAUGGAACACCAUUGAUGUCAUUGGUGAGAUCAAACAACCAAUUCUUUUCCUCUCCGGACUGCAAGAUGAAAUGGUUCCACCGUCCCACAUGCAGAUGUUAUAUGCUAAAGCAGCUGCACGCAAUCCGCAAUGUUCAUUUGUGGAAUUCCCUAAUGGAAUGCAUAUGGAUACGUGGUUAUCUGGUGGUGAUCGAUAUUGGAGUACAAUUCUGGAAUUCCUGGAAAAGGUUGUUCCAUAGAAGAAGGAUGAUGAAUCUACUCGGCCCAUUCUGUCAGAUAUUGAGGCAAGGUGAUCACCUUCAAGUAAUUCUUGGGCGUCCCGUGGCUUUUGUUGACUGUCCAGAGCAACCGUAUUCAUUCCUAUGGACACACUCAUUGGUGCAUAAUUCAUACUAGACGGUACGGUAUUGUAUUGAAGCUUUGGGUGCAUCUAAUAUUACUGUACAUGCUUCAACAUCUAAGCCCUGACUGAUUCCAAUUGUAUGAAAUAACAGAUCAAAGUAAUCUCACAUUUAUAGUAGGUAUUGGUGCCAGCGGCUCCCACUCCCCCCUCCUCUUUUCAUGAUGGGUUUCUUUUGAGCCCAUUAUUUCCUAAGAAUGUAUUUUGAAAUAGCGGAUUGAUUUUUUUUUUAAUUU